CCAUUCCUCCACAUCUCAAUAUCUUACACAAAACUUCCACUUGAGAGAAAGGUAGUGUAUUAAGACUAAACAAAUUUUCAAUUUUUCAAUGGCGUCGAGGCAACAAAAAGAGGAUCGAGCUGAGGCAGCUGCGAAAGUUGCUGCGAAAGAACUCGAACAACUCAACCGAGAAAAAGACCGUGAUUUCAGUGUUGGUGUUGCAGACCAACACCAACAAGAAGAACAUCAGUUAGAUCAACAAAAGCGUGGUGUAAUCGGAUCCAUGUUCAAGGCGGUGCAAGACACCUACGAGAACGCCAAGGAAGCUGUCGUUGGCAAGAAAGAACCUUCGACGACGACUAACUCGUACAGUACCAGAGAGGUUAUUCACGACGUUGACAUUCAACCCGAUGACGCGGCUGCAGCGAGGGAAGUGAGAGACAAAUCAGCCUCAAAGUCACCAGGUAUCUACAAUUCUGCCACUGCUGACAACAAAACCGGUUCCAAGGUCGGAGAGUACGCAGAUUAUGGUUCUCAGAAGGCGAAAGAAACAAAAGAUGCAACGAAGGAAAAAGCUGGAGAGUACACAGAUUAUGCUUCGCAGAAGGCGAAGGAAACGAAGGACAAGACAAUGGAAAAGGCUGGAGAGUACACUGAUUAUGCUUCGCAGAAGGCGAAGGAAACGAAGGACAAGACAAUGGAGAAGGCUGGAGAGUACACAGAUUAUGCUUCGCAGAAGGCGAAAGAAGCCAAGGACAAGACAAUGGAGAAGGGAGGGGAAUAUAAAGACUAUGCUGCAGAGAAGGCUAAAGAAGGAAAAGAUGCUACUGUGAAUAAGAUGGGAGAGUAUAAAGAUUAUACGGCGGAGAAGGCUAAAGAGGGGAAAGAUACGACGUUGGGGAAGCUUGGGGAGCUGAAGGACUCUGCGGCUGAUGCGGCGAAGAGGGCAGUGGGUUACUUGAGCGGCAAGACAGAGGAAACCAAAGAGAAAGUCUCGGAGACGGCAGAGGCGACGGCUAAUAAGGCGGCGGAGAUGAAGGAGGCCACCAGGGAGAAGGCUGCCGGGACUGCGGAGGCGGCCAAGAACAAGGCCGCAGAGGUAAAGGACAGAGCUGCAGAAACCGCGGAGGCGGCCAAGAACAAGACUGCCGAGACUGCUGAGGCAGCGAAGCAGAAAACCGCACAGGCAAAGGACAACGCCAAGGAAAAUGUAAGUGGUGCAGAUGAAGGAGCAAGGAGGAAAAUGGAGGACCUAAGGCUUCGAGGUAAAGGGUAUGGAAGUCAUGAAUCUGCAGGGGGGCGUGGAGAUAAGGUGGUGGUGAAAGUGGAAGAGAGUCGACCAGGGGCAAUUGCGGAAACACUGAAAGCAGCGGAUCAGAUUGCGGGACAGACCUUCAACGAUGUGGGACGCUUCGAUGAAGAAGAGGGUGUCGUCAAUGUGGAGCGCCGCAAGAAAUAAAAUAAAACGUCGUCUAUGAUACAAAUAUAGACGCAGUUUAUAUUAUAGUAUAUUAUCAUGAUGUAUGUUGUUUACUUUUUGGUUUGCUUCUUUACAAAAAAUGUGUAUGUGUAUGGUUUUGAAGAUUGGUUCUAGACUCGUGGGAACCAUUUCAGCAAUAAAAAUUUUGCGCGUUCUUGUACACUUAGUGAUGAGAAGAGA